UUUAAAUAUAUCGCUUUUGAUUGAUAUAAAUGAAUAUGCAGCAACAGUGCCGCAGCUGAAAAUGAAAUAAAUUCAUUUUAAUGUCCAAGUGUUCGCCGUUACGUCUUUAAUUGGCGUACAGAAAUAAACACACACACUCAUCUAUAUAACAACAACAACAAUAAGAAUAACAACAGUAGGGCAACGAAAAGCCGCUUAAGUGCAACAGUAAUAAAAAAAAAAUAAUAAUAAGAAAAGAGCCAAAGCAAAACAAAGAAAUAGCAAUAUGAAGCAGGCGAAGAGGUGUGCAACCGUGUAAUAUACGAUUUGAGUGCCAAAAAACGAGAAAAAAAAAAUAAACAUAAAAAACAUCAGCUUUCAAUUAUAAAGACGAACCAUGCAAAAAGCACAAAUAGGAAGGAAAUCAACAAGUGUGUGACGCGCGUCUCCGUUCUCUCGGUUGUCUGCUCUGCGCUCUGCUUCGCUUUCAUUCAUGCGGUCAACUAGAGUCAACAGCCAUAACAGCAGCGGCAGCGUCUGAUAAAAACCAAAAGCAACAGCAAAAACAAAAGUAACUGCAUACCAGCAACAGCAGCAACCCAACAACACAACAGCAACGAUAGCUACUUCCAACGGCGAGCUUUCAAUUGCUAAGCAUGGCUCACACAUGAUUGUGAAUUAUCUUUGAUAAGAACGUACACUCGAUUAUUAUGAAGCACCCACAAGAUCUGACAAUUACCGAUGGACAGCAGCUAAUGGAGAUUAACAAAGUGGAGCAAAUGGAACAGGAGAUUAAUGAGCCAGAAUCGGCCGAAAGUCAAAUAAUGCAUGCAGAGGCUCUGCCCGUUGGACAUCCUGCUGGCUCGCCCAUUGGCCAUGCGCUGAGUCCUAAUGGCGUUGGCCUCGGCCUCAGCAACAGCAGCAAUCAGAGCAGCGAGAAUUUCACACUCUGCAAUGGCAAUAGCAAUGCCAGCAAUAACAACAACAUGAUGUACUCACCGAACAACAACAACAACAAUGGCAGCAGCAGUCAACAGCAACAGCAGCAGCAGCAACAACAGCAGCAGCAACAACAACAGCAACAACAACAACAGCAGCAGCAACAACAGUCGCCAACAGUUUGUGCAAUUUGUGGAGAUCGGGCGACAGGCAAACAUUAUGGCGCCUCCAGCUGCGAUGGCUGCAAGGGUUUCUUCAGGCGCAGCGUACGCAAAAAUCAUCAAUAUACCUGCAGAUUCGCACGCAACUGUGUUGUGGACAAGGAUAAGCGCAAUCAGUGCCGUUAUUGCCGUCUGCGCAAAUGCUUCAAGGCUGGCAUGAAGAAGGAGGCGGUGCAGAAUGAACGCGAUCGCAUUAGCUGUCGUCGCACUUCCAAUGAUGAUCCGGAUCCAGGCAACGGACUGUCGGUUGUAUCGCUCGUCAAGGCGGAGAACGAAUCACGACAGUCGAAAGCGGGCGCCGCCAUGGAGCCCAACAUCAAUGAGGAUCUCUCGACCAAACAGUUUGCCAGCAUUAACGAUGUAUGUGAGUCCAUGAAACAGCAGCUGCUCACCCUAGUCGAGUGGGCCAAACAGAUACCGGCCUUCAAUGAUCUGCAACUGGACGAUCAAGUGGCUCUGCUGCGCGCCCAUGCGGGUGAGCAUCUGCUGCUUGGUCUCUCGCGUCGCUCCAUGCAUCUGAAGGAUGUGCUGCUGCUCAGCAAUAACUGUGUCAUCACCAGGCAUUGUCCAGAUCCCCAUGUCUCGCCCAAUUUGGAUAUAUCACGCAUUGGCGCGCGCAUCAUUGAUGAACUGGUGGUCGUUAUGAAGGACGUGGGCAUCGAUGAUACCGAAUUUGCCUGUAUUAAGGCAUUGGUCUUCUUUGAUCCCAAUGCCAAGGGUCUCAAUGAGCCAAAUCGCAUCAAGUCAUUGCGCCAUCAGAUACUCAAUAAUCUGGAGGAUUACAUCUCGGACAGACAGUAUGAGUCGCGUGGUAGAUUUGGGGAGAUUCUGCUUAUUCUGCCGGUACUGCAGUCAAUCACCUGGCAGAUGAUCGAACAAAUACAAUUUGCCAAAAUCUUUGGCGUGGCACACAUCGAUUCGCUGCUGCAGGAGAUGCUGCUGGGUGGCGAACUGGCGGACAAUUCGUUGCCACUCUCGCCGCCAAAUCAGUCCAACGAUUACCAGAGUCCCUCGCAUGGCGGCAAUUUGGAUGGCAGCCAGGUGAGCUCCACACUGGAUACACUGACCACGGGGAGCAGCGGAUCGCAUGGCCUGGAUCUGGAUGUGCAGCAGAUACAGGCGCUCAUUGAGGCGAACAGUGCGGAGGAUACGUUACGUGCCUAUACGAACAACAAUGCGGUGUCAGCGGCUGCUGCUGCCGUCGCUGCCGUCGUGGCUGCCACGCCCUCGUCUGCCGUAACGCCGCCACUGAGCAGCGCUGCCUGUAGUCCGAAAUCCCAGGAGAACGUAUACAUGGAUACGACAGCGUCACGUCAAUAUGGUGUCCAACACAAGAGUCAGCUAAUGCACAGUCCACAGCGAGUGCAUCCCUACCAAAGAGUGGCCACAUCGCCAAUCGAUACCGGCCUCGGAAUGCGCAAUCCGGCGGACAUUACGCUCAAUGAAUACAAUCGCAGCGAAGACAACAGCGCCGAUGAGCUGUUGCGUCGCACGCCCCUCAAAAUCCGAGUGCCCGAAAUGAUGGCGCCCAGCUAUGUGAUGGAGCCAUGUCGCAUGACGCUUAAACAGGAGCCCGAAACGGGCUAUUAACUGGUGCCAUAACCUAAGUGACAUAUAUAUAUACACUACCCUACCUUACCCUGUCUUACCACCCCAACAUACACUUCCCUAACCGAUUCCCCACUCUACCUCCUCUACAGGCCCCCUCUUGCUAUCUGCUAAGUGCUAUACAACAAAAUCAAAAAAACAAAACACAAAAACUUACUUAAUUGUUAUUGCCUUGAACUUUUUGAUACCGUUUUUUUAUUAGAGUUUAAGUAGGUAUUUUGGAAAUUGUUGCUUAAUUUGUAAAACACGCAAUUGCAAUCUA